AUGGUUUCAGCGUUCAGCUGCUUUUCACAGGUAUGGAAUCGGCCGAAAAAACGCCUCCCCAACGUAUGUGGUGGUUUCAAGUGUGAUAAACGUGGAAAACGUUAUCUUUCCGAGGUUUUGUGACUAAUUUCGAGAGGUUUUGAACGUUUCGAGAAUGAACUUUGAGAAAAUCCAGAUGAUAUCUUUAAUUUUCGUAGAUAUCGAUUGACUUAACGGAUUUAUUAAGUUUUAAAUUAAUUUUUAGCUAGAUAUUUGUGGUCUGUGUUUUUUGAGUUUAUGGUUUGGUUUUGUAAGACUUUGUGCGGAAUUUGAAAUGGUAUUAUAAUGGCUUUUCGAAUUACAAUAUAUUUUUUCGGAAUAUCUUACGUGGCUUAUAAAACUACAAAUUCCGCAAAAGUCGGAUUAGAAGUCGGUUUUAUAUGUGACUUUUGCUUGUAUAAAUUUAGAGGAUAUUGUAUCACAUUUUUAGCAGAAUGUUUUGAUUUAGUUUUUUGCUCAGUUUUUGUGUAAUUUUAGAGGUUUUGAGCAAAAUAUGAAGGCAGAACUAGGUUACAAGAUGGUUUUUAUUAUAACUUUUUUCAACAUAUAGUUAGAAAUUUGAAAUCUUGAGCCAUUGUAGAUUAUUGAUUGUUUUAGCAAACAAAGCACAACAAUUUUUUAAAUUUACAAUUAUUUUUAAGUUACGUUCGGUUUUUCGGAAAACGUUCAACAUGUUGAAGGUAUAGUCGCGGAAUAUGCCUUGUAGUUUAGAUUUUUUUAAAUUAAAAACCUUUUUUGACUUUAUGACUUUACGAAAUGAACAACCUAAAAUCUCAAGCAUUUCGAAGUUUCUAUCUAUAUUCAGCAAAAAGUUAUAACGAAAACCAUGUGAUACACAUAUACUAUUCUAAAAACGAACGUUUUUUAAUAUCCGAAAACCCGUUCGUAAUAUAUCAACUUUUUUGAGAUGUUCGUUUUGUUGUGAGCAGUUUUUUGAGACGUGAAACAGUUGUGUUUGACUUUUUCCGGAACAAAAAAAGUUUUUGUCUCAAUUCAUUUGAUUUUCCGCUUUCGAAGAGAAUUCGGAUUCAUUUGCAAAAUUGACAUUUUGUUUACAAUUAAAAAUUAUUUGUAAAUUGUCUUUUUAAGACUUUUUAUUAAGAAAGUAAAUCACAAAAUUUUUUCGAUAAAAGGCUUGGUUUCUAUUUCAUUUUAGGUUUUUAUUAGAUCUAGGAAGAAAAUCUUUUUAUAAAAGUUUGGAAUGUGUGGAUUUUGAAGAGAUAAAUUUAGCUAGUUUGUCUCAGAUAAUGGCUUUUUUGUUUUCUUUUGUUUAAUAUUUUGUUUUUAUUACUUUAGCUUAUGAAUAGGCUGAAAGGUUUUUAAAAUAUUUUAUAACCUGAGUGUUUGCUUGCUCAAGAAAGCUGGACAUUCGUUUGACAAUUAAAAGUUAAUACUUGCAUUUUUAGGCCGACAUGUAUACAUUAUCGAAACCCGAGCUUCUAGUCGACAAUUACAGCCUUCAAGAGGGAGAAAUUGGCAAAUGUAAGGUUAUUUACUUGUUUUUUGGUUUUUAGGUACAUAAAUGUUUGAUUGAAAGUUUGUACUAUUCCUAAAAGAGGGAUAGCAACAUUGUGUUGACUAUUACAAUUUUUUUUUAUUUUGAGCGUUUUUAAUGAUAGAUUCAGUAACAGUAAUGUUAAAGAUGCUUAAAUAUUCUGUUCUCUGGAAUAAAACAUCAUUGAAAUGAUUUCAGCGCCUCCAGCUCGUUCAGGACAUCGCUGUUUCUGCACUGGAGACCACUUCUAUGUGGUUGGAGGAUAUAACCCCAAGUUUAUUGGCAAAAUGAUGAAUGACGUUUGGUGUCUAAACUUACUAACAAAACGAUGGAAGAAGGUCAAAACGGAUUGUGAACUUCCCAAAACUUUGGCUUCGUUCUCACGUAUGUUUUUGGUUUGACUUCAGGGUUGGGCUUGAGAUUUUAGUUUAAAAACUGGGUGUUACCCAAAGUGUUGUAGUAGGCACUAUAGUACGUGAAAUUUGGAAGAAUACUGUUUUAAUUCAUGUAGACGACCUGCAAUACUGUGUUUUUGCUUUUCUUUUUACUAAAGAAUUGCUUUACUAAUAAAAAUGUUAUAGUGAGCUACGUGGAAGAACAAGCAACGUUUUAUUUGUAUGGAGGUACAGGAUUUCCUUUUGGUGAAGCGAUCUCAACCAACUUGUAUGCUUGCACAUUAAUUAGCCCAGAAGAAUGUACAGUAAGGAAGAUUCCUAUUGAUAACCCAAGAGAAGCUCCACGAGUUUAUGGGCAUUCAGCUGUACACAGACAUAUCUACAAUGAUAUCGCUGUAAGUCUUUAAAACUUGGGUAUUGUAGGCUUUUAUAUGUUUUACAAUGCUAAGAUGUCAAGUUAAUGGCAUUACCGGCGGUGUAAUCUGAAUCUUUUUUUGUAAAGAUUUUUACAAAGCAUCCUGCAGAAAAUAUACUGUAACAUUCGUUUAGGAAUUAUACCUUCUUGGAGGAACAGAAGGAGUACAGUACGAUAUGAGGGUCACCAGGCUUACUGUAUUCAAAGAGCAUGCCAGAUUCGAAACUCUGAGUGAUGAAAAACAAGAGCCGAUGGGAAGAUAUCGACAUGAAAGUGUCAUGGUUGGAGAUGAAAUCAUUUCAAUUGGAGGAUCAAACCAAAUUGUAUCGGUCCACAUGAGAGAUGUAGGUACUUUGAAACGUUUUAUGUUUUUUGCCGCAGUAGCUACUGUAUUUAGCAAAAAAAGUAAAGUUUUACUGAAAAGUGUCGUUUUUAUUAGUUAAGGUCAAUAUAAAGGUAGUUAAGGAUGAAAUUAAAGCCAACUAUCCUUUAAGUUUCUUUUAACAGUUUGUUCAAAUAUAGCGUUGAUUGAUGUUUAUUGUCAAGUUUAGUAUGUUAUGAUUGCUCAUUUUCAGCUUGACGCCUUCAAUGUAAAAACAAAAACCUUUCAUCUUGUUCACACUCAGCCAGAUGCGGUUUGGAGGUACCCAAGGUCCAGAAAAGGUCAUUCUGUUGUUCAGGCCGGCAACUUUGCCAUUCUUUUCGGCGGAUACAAUCCUCCAGAUGUUGAGAACAGUGAAGGUCUCUUGAUGAAAGACGUCUGGUGUUUAGACUUGAGGACUUUGAAAUGGCAAAAGUCUCCUUUUGAACUGCCAAGUGGAGUUUUCUUCCAUUCUGCGGCUGUUAAUAGCGUAAGUGUUUUACUUUAUAUAUGGAUUUUUCGUACAGAAUUGUAAUGAAUUAUUUGGUUAUUGCCGAUCGCGUAUCGUAAUUUAAAAAACCGUAGUAAUGAUUUUUCAAUCUGUAAUCAAAAAUUCAGUAUUUUGAAGAAUUCUCUAUAACAAUACAUUUUAGCUGAAUCAAAUCAUCUCCUUCGGCGGCUGUGCCGAACUCGCCACCAAACGUGUGGACGACACUGUCGCUUUCCACAUUGGCCCACCCCCGCUUUCAUACAUGGCAGCCAAAGUCUUCCUGGAGGCGUGCCCCGAAUUCCGCAAGAUCAACGGCAUGAACUACACGAACAUGGUGCCACGAAUCGCUCAACAGUUGAGGAGUCAACUAGUUUAG